AGACGAUGUCGAGUUCGUGGAAUCCGGCGAUUGAUGUCGGAAAUCGCGCCUUACGUUGUGAACAACGGAGUACUGAUGAAAAACUAUUCUGGAUGCCAUCGAGAUACAUACGGUGUCAAUGCGGUUGUUUUGGUUUUGGACUCCGUCACUGGCUACGCGCAGGCGAAUAAAAUUCCGAGCUGGCUGCGGAUAUCGCUUGGAAUUGCCAUUCAACCGUGUUUUUUCGACGACCCUACUUCAUGCCUGCCUAGGUUGUGCCAGCUGGAUCAGUUGAGCUGCUUUGAUGGAAGUUCAUACCGUACUCCAACGAACGGAUGCUGUGAUGAGUGGCCGUUACGACUUGAACUGAGCGCGCGUCAGCAGAUCCAGAUACGAUCUUUUUCGAAGUCUCACUCGAAGUCGUCCGUUGAGUUCUGA